GCAGGGACUCCUCCCUCUGCAGAGCUGGGAGCUCCGCGGUUGUGCAGCCGAGCUCGCCCUGUGACAGCAGCACCGGCGCACACUCCUCCGCCACUUUUCUCCUGCUUCUUCACCGCGACCACCCGCAUCUUCCCCCCGUGGACGGACGUCGGCGUGGCCUCGUCGAGAAUGGGGAACCGGGACGAUGAGUACGAUUUUUUGUUCAAAGUUGUGUUAAUCGGGGACUCGGGGGUCGGCAAGAGCAACCUGCUCUCUCGAUUCACUCGGAACGAGUUCAACCUGGAGAGCAAAAGCACCAUCGGCGUGGAGUUUGCCACGCGCAGCAUCCAGGUGGACGGCAAGACGAUAAAGGCCCAGAUCUGGGACACAGCGGGACAGGAACGCUACCGAGCCAUCACCUCGGCUUACUACAGGGGCGCAGUGGGGGCGCUCCUGGUCUACGACAUCGCCAAGCACCUGACGUAUGAGAACGUGGAGCGCUGGCUGAAGGAGCUGAGGGACCACGCUGACAACAACAUCGUCAUCAUGCUGGUGGGCAACAAGAGCGACCUGCGCCACCUGAGGGCCGUGCCCACGGACGAGGCCCGCGCCUUCGCAGAGAAAAACAACUUGUCGUUCAUAGAAACUUCCGCCCUGGACUCCACAAACGUGGAAGAGGCCUUCAAGAACAUCCUCACAGAAAUCUACCGCAUCGUGUCGCAGAAACAGAUCGCGGAGCGAUCGGCUCACGACGAGUCCCCGGGGAACAACGUGGUGGACAUCAGCGUCCCCCCCACCACGGACCACCAGAGGGGGGGCAAGCUGCAGUGCUGUCAGAACCUGUAGCCCCAUGGCCGCUGUGGGUCUCGCCUCUGCAAGCCGGUUGGUGAUGCCACAGAAGGAAUGGAUUCCGAGUAGUAAUUUCAGUGCAAAAACAGAAGUACCUGACUCAGCAAGGGCGGGUUUGGUAAAGUCGCCGGUCCAGUCCCACCAGCACUCCUGUUCUUGGACUCCACUUCCUGUUCUUGGACUCCACUUCCUGUUCAGUCAUCUCAACGAGUGGUAGUAAUGCUGCUGAUGCUUAUUUCCUGUAAAAUAUAUUCUUUGUUUUCUUUGUUGUUUUGAUAGCAGGUCUGCUCACAUACAUUAUAUUAAUGCCAUGAAAAUAAAUUUUACAGUAUUAUGA